CUUCCGGACCUUUUCCGCAAACGUCGUUCACCGCGCACCUAUGCGCCGCGGGGGCGUGGCUUCACGGUCCUGCACAAUUGGUCAGCCGCCCCGGGGCAUGCGCGCACGCUGCCGCCGGCGCCCCGCCCUCGCAGGGCCUUCUGGGAGCUGUAGUCAGAGUGCUGCCAAAGCGCGGCCCCGGGAAGCUCCGGAGGUCCGAGGCUGGCCGCCGUCCUCCGCGCUCGGCCGGAGGCCCCUGUGUCCAAGAAGAAGCGCAUAUGUGUGAAGCUGGUGCCCCUGGGCGCCGCAGACAUGGCCGUGUUUGAUGUCCGACUCAGCGGGAAGACCAAGACAGUGCCCGGGUACCUGCGAGUCGGGGACAUGGGUGGCUUUGCCAUCUGGUGCAGGAAGGCCAAAGCCCCGAGGCCGGUGCCCAAGCCCAGAGGCCUGAGCAGGGACGUGCGCGGCCUCUGCCUGGACGCGGCCGGCCAGCCCAGCAAGAGCAGCGGCCCCGAGCGGACACUGUCGCGCCUGGGCUCGCGGGCGUCCACGCUGCGGAGGAGCGACUCCCUCUACGAGGCCUCCAGUCUCUACGGCAUCUCCGCCAUGGACGGGGUUCCCUUCACGCUGCACCCCCGAUUCGAGGGCAAGAGCUGCGGCCCGCUGGCCUUCUCUGCCUUCGCGGAGCUCACCAUCAAGUCGCUGGCCGACAUCGAGGAGGAGUACAAUUACGGCUUCGUGGUGGAGAAGACCGCGGCCGCCCGCCUGCCGCCCAGCGUCUCCUAGCCCUGUGGACCGCGCAGCCUCCGCCGCCGAGGGCCAGCGCGGGGCCGCACUCAGGGCCUUGGAGUCCGGCGCGCGUCCCCCGGAAAUAAAGACGCUACCGUCCAGGGCUGCCGUCCUCUCCCCA